AUGAUAAGACCAAGUAACAGUCCAUACUCUUCUCCCGUAUUGUUGGUGAAAAAGAAGGAUGGCACAUGGCGGUUUUGUGUAGACUAUAGAGCUCUCAGUCAAAUCUCCAUACCCGAUAAGUUUUCGAUUCCUACAGUUGAUGAAUUAUUAGAUGAGCUCUUUGGAGCCACCAUGUUCUCUAAGAUUGAUCUUCGUGCCGGGUACCAUCAGAUGACAAUGAAGCCUAAGGAUAUUUAUAAAUCGGCAUUUCAAACUCACGAGGGUCACUAUGAAUUUGUUGUGAUGCCUUUUGGACUCAUGAAUGUGCCUUCGACAUUUCAGUCUGCCAUGAACAGCUUGCUCAAACCAUUUCUGAGAAAAUUUUACAAAACACCAGUGAAUAUUCAACAGCUUCGCAGUUUCCUUAGUCUUACUGGUUAUUACCGUCGCUUUGUAAAGAAUUAUGCAACCAUAGCUGCUCCACUCACGUCAUUACUUCAAAAAUAUGCUUUCAUAUGGUCUCCAGCAGCUGACGAAGCUUUUGAACAGUUGAAAUCAGCCAUGACUCAGACUCCAGUGCUAGCCUUACCCAACUUCGAGCAACCAUUCACUAGAGAAACCGAUGCAUCAGAGAAAAAGUUAAAUUCCAAAAUACAACAAGCUUCCACUUAUAUUCGAGAGUUGUAUGCAAUUACAGAAGCAGUGGCUAAAUGGCGUCAAUACCUUUUGGGCAGAAAAUUUCUCAUCAAAACUAAUCACAAGAGUAUUAGGGAAUCGAUGUCACAAAUGAUUCAAACACCAGAGCAGCAUAGGUUCCUGGUUAAAUUAAUUGGCUUCAACUUUGAAAUUGUCUACAACCCAGGAGCCAACAAUUGUGUGGCGGAUGCUCUCUCUAGAAAAGAUAAAGAGAAUGUUACUUCGAAAGUGCCAGCAACACUGUUGACAUUGCAGGCCAUUGCCCAAGAUGGUGCAGCUUUUCCUCGUCAUCGGAUACAUCAAGGUUUGAUCUGGCACAAGGGUCGUAUCUUGUCACAAUUUAAAUGGCCACGCAUGCCGGAAGAUAUUAACCAUUUUGUCCAAACAUGCCCUGUGUGUCAACGGACAAAAUAUGAGACUUUGACUCUUGUAGGCACCUUGCAACCACUUGAGGUUCCGGUACAGAUAUGGGAAGACUUGACUAUGGAUUUCAUUGUGGGGCUUCCGCUAUCUCAUGGUUUUACAUCCAUUAUGGUAGUUGUAGAUCGACUGUCAAAGUAUGCCCAUUUUGCUUCUCUUCCAACUGGUUUCAAUGCUACAGUGGUCGCCAAUACAUUUAUUCAGAAUAUCUGUAAAUUGUACGUAUUCCAUCUUCCAUUAUCAGUGAUCGAGAUCCUAUUUUUCUCAGCAAAUUUUGGCAAGAAUUAUUUCUUCUUAGUGGAACUAAGUUGA